AUGACCAUGAGUGGUAGCACAUUUAGUGAGGCCAGGGAGGCUGGCGUCGACAAGGCAACGGGUGUUGGCGAGCCUGGGUGCUCCAUGGACGUCGAGGGUGACAAGGGGGUACAAGUGGGCUCUGGUGGUGAUGUGCCAAAGGCACAACUAGGCCUCGAGGAAGGGCGAAGACGCUAUGGGCACCGGUAUCGCCGUGGGAUGGGCUCGGCCAAGGGAGCACACAACAACAUCACAGGGCGUUGGGCACGGCCUGGCGAGCGCACUGGUGAAUGGGCGACGCCGAUGGGGUCUUUGAUGUUGGGCAAGCCAAAAGCGACAGCAGUGGAUGCUGGGCAUAGGGCUGCAAGGUGCAGGAGUAAGGGACGUCGAGAGUUAGGCACCACGAAGGGAGCUCCAGGAACUGGGCAACAGGAGACAGGGCACUAG